CGGCAGUAUCGCAUAGUUAUCUUGCAAAACACUCGCAGUAUCCGCGUUGAUAACGCGUUGUUAUUGCGUACUCCCGCGGGCGAGCUCAUUCCGCGCGCGAAUCUAUCGAUUCAAAACCCCUUCUCUCGAGUUUGAAAAUUUUGAUCGCGGCCACAUGCACGUACCUACGUAGCCUCUAUACACGCGCGGGCUUGCGCGCAUACAGUCGCGGAAUAAUAAAAACGAACCGCGAUCAGUUUUCAACGCGCUUCGAAUUUAAAACUAUACGUUUUGCUACGUCCUCGCUAAGCUGAUAAAGACUUUAAACCGAGGGACAUUAAAGUAAAAAGCAUUAGCUUUCUAAUCUCGCGAUAAGAUCCCGUACUCUUCAAAUUCUCCUAAUUGUAAGAGUAAAAAUCUUACGACUCGUCUUAUAGAUGCUCGACUGAAAAAUUUGGAACACCUCGGAGGAAGCUGCGUGCGUAACGAAAAUAACUGGAGAACCGCGCGCGUAAGGCUGGAACGAGCUUUGGAGGUUAGAUGAAAGAAAAUAUACCCGGGAAUACGCGGUGGUUCCGUCGGGCGCUCUUCCGUUUUGAAGAUUCUCGAGAAACGUUGUAUAUACGCGCUGCUGCUGUGCGACGGUGAAAUCGUAGAGGGGACGGACCCUCUCCUGUCCCGCUCCGUUCCUGGCAACGUCACCCGUGACCGUGUGGGGCCGGCCGUGUGUGUGUGCGUCCCUCGAGCUACGCGUUCAGACCUGCCCAGUAAAUACGAGGCUUCCGUUCCCCGUGUAUACGUGUCCCGCGAGCCGAGUGCGUAGUUAGAGCGAACACAGUGCGGAUAACCGAGUUUCGGCGUUUCCCGUGCCAUCGGCGUUGAUCCAUCAUCAUGCCGUUGAGUAUCGGGGUUAACCUAAGAGUGACCGGGCACUGUAAUCAGGGCGGUCGCAAGUACAUGGAGGACAUGUUCAGCGUGGCCUUUCAGUCGACACCGGAUGACAAGGACCUCGAGUACGCGUUCUUCGGGAUAUUCGAUGGACACGGAGGCGGCGAGGCGGCUAUCUUCGCCAAGGAGCAUCUGAUGAACGUGAUUGUGAAACAGAAGAACUUCUGGAGUGACCGCGACGAGGACGUGCUCAGGGCGAUCAAGGAAGGAUACGUGCACACGCACUACGCGAUGUGGCGGGAGCUCGAGAAGUGGCCGAGAACAGCCUCGGGAUUGCCUUCUACAGCUGGAACUACGGCUAGCAUAGCGUUCAUUCGCAAGGGGAAGAUUUACAUUGGCCACGUAGGCGACUCCGGGAUUAUUUUGGGCUACCAAGUGGACGGCGAUCCGCAGUGGCGUGCCAAAGCUUUGACCAAGGACCACAAGCCGGAGAGCGGGCCCGAGAUGAACAGGAUACGCGAAUCCGGGGGGAAAGUAGUCAGCAAAUCCGGCGUUCCAAGAGUCGUAUGGAACAGACCUCGCAUCGGGCACAAGGGACCGGUCAGGAGGUCGACUCACAUAGACGAGAUUCCUUUCCUCGCUGUUGCUAGAUCUUUAGGCGAUCUUUGGAGUUACAACUCUGAGUUGGACACGUUCGUCGUCUCGCCGGAACCGGAUGUAAAAGUGGUAGCGAUCGACGUGGAAUCGCAUCGUUGCCUUAUUUUUGGAACGGACGGCCUGUGGAACAUGUUAACACCGCAGGCGGCAGUGGCUAUUGUCCAAGCCGCGGAUAGGCACAACGAGAAACAUCUAAUUGCUCAGCAAACAUGCAACGGGCAAACUGAUAAUGUUCAGCUAUGGAUAAACCCGUCGAAGAGCCUGGUGGACAGAGCGUUGGAGAAAUGGUCAUCGAAGAGGCUGCGCGCGGAUAACACGAGCGUUGUCACGUUGAUGUUGGAUCCGCCAGGUCCAUCUCGCAGCGAGAUUUUACUCAGCCAGAAGGAGUGCGUCGUAACGCAUCAUACGAUCCACACUCCUGCACCGGUGUCGGUGGAGAAUCCAGAGAAGCGUAACAAUUUUCCUCUGGUUCCAAAUCCUGCUUCGCCUAUAAUAAGUGGGCACCUUCUCGCAAACAGAACAGAAUUCCCGGAAGAGCUCGAGGAGACUGCGAAAGAACCGACUUUAGAACCAAUACCUGUUGAGAGUAUAGAACAGAAUCAAAUCGAAGAGACGCACAUGAAUGAAAACGAGACUUCGACAGUGGAAGAUUUAGAGCUCGCGAACACAUCGACUAAUGAAUUAGAAAACAGUGCAAUGGAAACCGAUAGUACGAGUACUGAGAAUAUCGAAGAGGCGAAAGAAGAUACUUCGACGACGGAAGACGAAAUUACUUUAAUGAUUGAAUCGGACGUCUCGGAAGAAAAUGAAAUCGGUGCGAAUGACCCUGGCGACUCGAGUGUGAUACACCAAAGUGCAUUUUCUAGUGAAUGUGACGUAACCGAUUGCGCGGAGGGCGACGGGGUCGGUUGCGACGAGAACGAAGUGAAAUCCACCGUGGUGAACGGGUUGCGACACAAACAGUCUACGUUGUUCUCCACCGCUAGGACGACGGAGGUCCAUAGCGCGAGAAGGAGGCAUAGCCUGUCUGCGAGUAAUUCUUUAGAGAGCACCACGAAGACGUACGUGAACUCCCGGCUGAAGUCGCGUAGCGCGAAAAUUACCGCCGCGGAUGAGACUGUGAUAAACUCUUCGACGAGCGUUAAUAACAAACGAAGGCACAGCGCGAUAACGCAGACGGUGGCGAACGCGACGGAAGAGUCCCCUUGCUCGUUACAAGAACCCUGCGUGAAGAGGAAGACUCGAUCGGAAGAUCAGCCGAACCCGGUCGAUGAAAACGACCCGGUGAACCAGAGCACGAAGGACGCUGGCGGCACUCCGAGUUGGCCUAACGGAACGGAGUCCAGGUCCACGACAGGUUCGACACCCGUACCUGUCCAGGAGAGGCUACCCACGUUGAACAUUUAUCAAAAGAACCUAGGCAAGAAAGCCACGCCGGUGAAAACAAUUCGAAGACCAUCGAUCGAGUGGUGGGCAAAGAAACAAUUGUGGGCUUGUACUCUUGGCACGAGAGAGAACCGAUCUAGUAAUUGCAACGAGCGGAGGAUCAGUAGGAAUGUCGCCCUCAUCGGCUCCUCGGAGAAUACGACUGUUCCCCAACGAUGGCUCAGGUCGGACACCAUCGCUGCGACACCUGUAAAAACACUCCGUUCGCGUAAUGUGGAUAUAACUGGCCACACGAUAUCCGCGCAAUUAGUACACCAGUACGGGAUAGUGAAGCAGAGCCGCCUCUCUUUGCCGGGCAAACUGAAGCAGUCCGGCGGGAAUGGUUUUCUACAAUCGAGUAGAGUCAGGUCGACCUCGUUGUCAUCAGGUAUUAAGGAAAGUAAUAACAAUACCGGGAACGGUGCGUGCUCCACGAUCACGAACCCGGGGUGUAACGCUAGUUCCGCUAUGGCGAAGAGGGUCAAGUCGCCGUACAAACCGAGCGCCCGGUCGUUGAGCACGCGGUCCCGCAUUAAACGGCUUGGAAAAUGAGGUAAGACGGCUUCGUUUACUAUUUGUUAAAGCGUACACAGGGUAUCAUUUCUUACCCUCUUACCUUCAUUACCUUGCGUCUCGCCUUACGAAAGUUACGAACGGACAGUCGGAACUACAUACGAUUGCAUUUUAAUUUUACUCGACACCGAAACGAUUGUUUAAACUUAAUCAGUUACGAGAACAAAAUUUCAUUUGUUUUAGCACGAUUCAAUAUUUUUACCAGUAUUUCGGUGUCGCACAAAAUAUUCUCUCGACUUACCGAGAUAGUUAUCGUUUUUUCAAAUUAUGUUCGCAUUUUACGGAACGAACAACAAUUACCUUUACAUUAGAAAAGCAAUGGACAAACCAAUCAGAGCAACGGCGAAAUCCUUAAGUUGAAUGAUUUAGCAAAGAUACGAUACAAUAUAGAUUUUUAUUUAUUUUUUAUUUGGACUUAACACAAUUUAUUUUUGUUCAUCACGCCUAAUAAGUUUUGACUCGAAUACGAAUAAUCGAAGAUGUGCAAUCGUUCCACGAUCCAACACAGUGUUUUAGUUUAAACAAAUCGAUGUCUCAUUCUUCAUGAAAACUCAGAUACCAUGCUGCGCCGCAGUUAAUGUGAUUCAAACGAUCUAAUCACAUUUAUUCACGCCCUUAAUAACGAGUCAGGCCACAGAUUUUUAUGCAUCGACAUGAAAAAAAAAGCGAGACGGAUUUUGCGUAAAGAUCUGUGGUCAAAACAGAAUAUUGAAAAGACUCCUUCCAUUAUUUUAUGCUUUCUAAUGUGUAACUACAUAGUUAAUUAAAGAAGAGGGAAGAGUUAGAAGAAAUGAAUCAAGUGAACAUAUGUAUAAAGUGUGUAUGUGAACUGCGUGCAUGUGAGAGACAGGAAAAACAUGUGGAACGUCUGUAUUGGAAAAAUCGUAAGUAUGUGCGUAUGUCUCUUUUCUUUUUCAUUUUCCAAUGAUUCCUUUAAGCGUUGCAGUCUCCUGCGAGGGAGAUCACUUCUUAAAGGGUUUAACGAGCCGUUAAAGAGAAUGCAAUUUGCUUACAAUGAGGUUUGAAAAGGAUUAUUAUUAUUAUUAUUAUUAUUAUUAUUAUUAUAAUUAUUAUAGUACGUAGGUACGUAAUCACGGUAAACCCGCUUUGGCCGAGAGCGGGGGCGGCCACUCAGGAUUUCGUCGAACGACUCUGAGUAUAAUUAAUCAUUAAAUUUUGAUAUUCAACUUUAUACCAAGGCAGCACAAAGUAUAAUGAGUCUUCGAAACUGAAGGCUCGCGAUUAUAAAUAAGCAUUUAAGAAUCGUUCGUCGUUUCUGUCUGGCCAUUGUUCUGCCGUCAACAAGAUGGUACACAAAAUGACUGUCUAUAAUGCGAUUAGAAAACUGUAGAAUUAUACUUAAAACAGUUGGCAAGAAUUAACAAACGUUGAUUUGGAUUAUAGAAUCGCUUAAUACAAAUUUAAUUUAAUUUAUUUUCUUCUCGAAAAGGCGAUUCGAAAAUUCGUGAGGGGAAAAACGCGGAACGUACUUCACUGCUAAUUUAGUUGUUAAAACGCCUAGUUGCGAAUCGUUAUUGAGAAAAAGGGAACAAAUUUUAUUUUGCGUUCAACAAAUCAUCGAUGAUAUUUUAUUUAGCAACCUUCGAGCUAGCUUAGCUGAUGUUCGAAUAUGUUUUGUACGAGGUCGAUUAGCUGUGCAUGCUUGGAAACAAAACGAAAGGUUUAUACAGUUUACGAAUAUUUUUAUACGUUUACGUUUCAUCAUAGACAGUGCUGGGAUACAUAAUUAUAUCUAAAAGUAUAUGAGAGAAAGAGAGAGAGAAAGAAAAAUUUUUGACACGUGCCUACAAUAGUUACCAUUUAUGUAUAUAAAAUAUAUAUGUAUGUAUGUAUGUAUGUAUGUAUGUAGAAAGUGUAUUCAUGUACCAUGGACCAAGAAGAUUUCUUCAGUCUUGCGUUAGAGAAGACCAAAUAUGUAAUUUGUGAAAAAAAAAACUUAUGUGUAUAGAUAUAUAUAUUAUAUAAAAUUGUUUCUUCUUGGUGCAUGCGAUCAAAUUGGUACUAUACAUAUGAAUAUAUGAGUAUGUAUGUAAGUAUAUAUAGACACCGAGUAUAUAUACAUACAUAUGUAAGAUGAAAAGAGCGGAUCUACGAGAUCGGGACGACUUUUAUUUCCGUCGGUCAGGAAAUAAUAACUGAGACACGGACAAUUGUAUAAAGAAAUGAAAUAAAAUCGAACGGUACAUGAAUCGAUGAAGAGGAGGAGGUGUCAGCUCGUCCGAUUGGAUGGAUUCACCGUGAACGCAUGUAGAUAAACGGAAAUUGUAGAUGAUAAUCAUCGUAGGAACAAAUAAAUAAAAUCUUUGCUAGCGUUUAUUUAUAUACACGAGAAAUUAUAUACGUACAUAUAGAGGAAGGGAGAAGAGAUUGUAGGAGUGGACGUGGGGGAAGAAGCGUUUGUCUGGUUGCGCUUCUAGAUUUACGUAGGACGUGAGAGUGAAAAGAAAAUAGAAGGACAGACAGGGGAUGAGAGUAAGUAUUUUCUGUGAGUGGAAAUAAUUAAGAAGAGAGAGAAGAGAGAGAUGGAACGAUGAGAUUUGUGGCAGGUGCGGACGAUGAAUUCUAUAUAUGGUGGUUUAUCUCAGGUUGAGGAGAGGCGAACUCGAACAAAUGUGUGAUCACGUUUUAAAGCUGUAUAUUUUAAUUAAAAUAAACUGAAUAUACAAAUGUU